GUACGCCGACACGCCGCCAGGCGCAGUAAACGCACUUUCGCGUAGAGUACCGCCGAGCUUGUGCGGCUCAGGUGCAAGUAUGCAAUUACAUCUGCCUUGAUUAUGUACCCUGAUGACAACAUUUUUCUCCGGAUUGCACGUCUGCAUCCCGCUGAUCGUCGGACUUCACUAAUCGGUCGUACUUUCGUACGUGUGCCUUAUUCAAGCGGCGGCAUCGGUAGGCUUACCCGUAGGCCUAACCAUCGGCGAUCUUGAUCAGCUUUUCCUCUAGAACGUGCUAAAAAUUUCAAAGUGUGCUGUGCGUCCGGAGCCAGAAGAUAUUUUGAGUCGUCGAUAUUCGGCCGAUUUGUGAGCUGGCAGUUGUGCUUAGUGGUUGAUGUGAGUGUAACAAGUAUGACACUCCCAUGGCCGAUCUCAUGAUCUCCGUGAAACGAUUGGUUAUUGUGAGCUGAAGAUAUAUCACACGGAACCUUUCGCCUCUGGUGCUUUGUGCUUGUGACUCCGUUGAGUGUGCUCAUUUCUCCAUCAGCAGAAAUGGCUGGAAACUUCGACCCGUACGACAAGAACAGCUGGUUCUUUGGCCCAAUGUCAAGGCAAGAGGCGACUGACCUUCUGAUGGCCGAACGGGAGGUUGGGGUCUUCCUUGUCCGCAACAGCACCACCAUGUCUGGAGACCUUGUGCUCUGCGUCAGGGAAGACAACAAGGUGUCUCACUACAUCGUAAACCGUGUGACACAAGCUGAACAAACACGGUUUCGAAUCGGUGACCAGAUGUUUCCAGACAUCCCAUCCCUGCUCAAUUUCUACAAGCUCCACUACUUGGACACAACGCCUCUCGUCAAACCUGUAAGGGCAGCUGUUGUGCCUCAUUUGCAACCCAACGCAUGCUGCGUGCAAGAGGCAGCCAAAAAGGUUGAGAGGGUGAAAGCCAAGUAUGACUUCCAAGGCAGCGGCGACCCGGACGACUUACCGUUCAAGCGAGGAGAGUAUUUAACGGUGAUCUCCAAGGAUGAAGACCAGUGGUGGACGGCAAGGAACAGUAUGGGUCACACCGGUUCCAUACCUGUUCCCUAUGUCGAAAAGGUAGAUGAGAGCCAGCAAGUGAAUGACGGCCAGAAUUGGCAUCGCCCUUCCUCCCCCCCUCAGCAGCCCCCGGGGCAAGGGAAUGCCACCCAAAGCCCCCGGACUGUCCCUCCUCCCACAGGGGACCCCAUCAAGUACAACACUCCCUCCAACGUGCAGAGAAAGCUACCCGCACGAGCACGUGUAAAACAGGCCAGAGUUCCCAAUGCCUACGACAAGACAGCUCUGAAAUUAGAGGUAGGUGACAUCAUAACAGUGACGAAGACCAACAUCAACGGUCAGUGGGAAGGAGAGCUGAAAGGACGUGUAGGACACUUCCCCUUCACGCACGUCGAAUUCAUUGACUCUGAAAACCCCGACGAGGACGAACCAUAACGUCCCAGGGACAGCUUCAGGAUGUUCCCACCACAACGUGCACAGUGUGUUUGCUUUGCGAUCAGUGCUCUCGGAGUGAAAUCAGUUUUUGAUGUUCCACCGGGUCGGUCGGCGCUGGGAGAACUUUGAUGGCAGCAUUUCUGUCACAAGAAAACUGGACUCUGCCGACUUGUGUGUCUUUCUCUUCUCUUUGUUUUUUACCUUCCGAGGGCAUGCUCUCUUCACCAUCCACCUUUUUCCGUCUUCUUUUUUUUUUUUGUCUUUUAGGAACAUCUCAUGGUUUGUUCUGGGAGGAUGAGGGUCUUUUGCCAAUUUUUUAGCGUUUUAAAUAUCUUAAUUGAAGAGAUCAUUUGAUUUUGAGACGAUUUUACAUUGCUAGUGAGAGUGGAACAAAGCUCAGAUGCAUGACUGGGGUCUGUUCAUGUCGUAUCUUCUUUGAAGGGCUGUGCAGCCCAUCGUUAAAUUGUGGAUAGGAAACAAAGCUGGAAAAUGAAUCCCUUCGGGAACAAGUAGUGCACGUAUGAAAAUUGUCCCGUAACAGCAAUUUGGAGAUUAUUAAUACUUCAGUGCUGUUGCAAGAGUAUAUUUUUAAUUAGUACAUUUUGAUUUUUCUUUUUUUGCACGAUAACAUGUACGAUUAUGUUUGAGCUCAAAAUGUGGAGUAUAUCGACUGGUGCUUUAGGACCCUCUCCUCCACAUGUUGAUUUUGACAGAAGCAUCACGAUGAACUGCUUUAUGAACUUCUGAGUGUCGUUGGUUGUUUAGGAGCAAAAAAAUAUUUUAUGUUCAGUAUACAGUGGUUAGGUUAAGCGAAUGUUAUGUUUUGUGCAGACAUUCUUUUGUAUCUAGGUUUUAAAGUAGUUUGUGCCAUGUUGCCCAUUUAUCUCUUUUCCAUUUUACAUCGAUUGUGGGGUGAGAAAUGAAACUUAAACCUUGUUGCAAUCACUCGUUGCAGGCAAACGGUUAUAAGGCAUCAAAUACACUCCCUCUCAAACAUUUCGAGCAGAUUACUUCUGCAUGUCACUUGUGUGUGUCUGCAUGUGUCACCAAAACCUGGUGCCCGAUGUUGAUUCAUUUGCCUUUUUUUCGCACACGUGUAGAUGUGAAAGUAAUUGCUAAACUUCUAAGAAACGAGUCUUUUCCUGAAAAGGGUAACUUUCAGCAAAAGUAACCACGACUCAUAGGUGCAGGCAAGCUGGUGGAUAAACUUCGUGAUGAAAAAAAAACACAAAAAAACUUGUGUCGAUAAAGUCUGUAAAGUGUGGAGAAGGCCAAACAGUUUUCAGGCUGCACAUGACGAUUGUAAGAAUUUCCACUACUUCUGUUGGCAACAUUGUAAAUUGCACGAUCACCACCUUGUUGCGACGAACCCAAUUUUGUCCUAUUCACAUAUGCCGCUCAUGGUCCUCAUCCUGCGCAAUGUGUCGGGUGCUCAAUUCAAAACCGAAACUCGUGCUCGAGUUUUGAGUGCCAAAUCUCUGUGGGGGAAAAAAGGAGAGGGAGAGAGAAAGGCACUGAUUUCAUCUGUCCCAGGGCUGUGAGGGCUUUUGGAAGAUUUUUCGUGUGUGUAUCAAACUGCGCAUCUUUUAUGCAGAUUCUUACUCAAAUUCCUGGAAUUUACUGAUACUAUCUCUUUUUGCAGGCUUAAGUCCCUUUACUCUAAAUUAAAGUUGGUUUACAGAGUCAGGCUGAGGCUUCUACCUAUACGUGAUAUUUUGUACACCUGCAACUUUGCAGGUGUACAAAAUAUGCUACAUUGUACACUAAUAAUGUACAUGCACAUUAUGUGCUACAGUCUGCAGGUUGGAUGAGAUUGAUUACAACAAAAACUAAACUGCACUUGCUUGAGCUGUAUGGUUUGCUGUCUUUCGAUAGAACAUACUUUUCUGCUGCUUGUCAGCAAAGAAGAAUCACUUAGGCUUGCUUGUGUCGCAUCAAUGCUACAAAGAGUACAGAACUAAGAAUAAAGUUGAGUCUGCUAACGGACUGAGCGUAGUGGGCCUCUUUGCCUGCACCUGUUACACCGUAAGAAAUCUGCAGCAUUGAACAUGUGUGUUUGCAGUCGGUCUACAUUUGAUUUCUGUGGUUUAGGGGUGUUAUUGGAAUCACCUUCAGAGAUGUCCCCUUAGGCUCGAAGCAGUUUCUUGAAAAGGCCCCGUGAUCUUGCUACACUUGAUUAGCAAGUAAACCGUCCUACGCUAUGUGCCCUUUCUCUCGGUCUGUUCUCUGACUGUGUUGUUUUGCUAUGAUAUUAGGCACAACCAAAUGCUCUUCGGCACAGAAUAAUGAACUGUGGGGUGUUGCACUGAGGCCUGAUUCCGCUGUGUUUGGCCAGUUACAUCACUACACGCAUCGUGCUGAGCCUCUACGUGCAUAUCAAAUUCACACGCAGACAUUUGUGAAUUUGGGGAUGCCCUUCAAAGAAAAUUAUGGUCCAGCAAUAGUUUUAUUCGAAGACUAACUAAUGUGUGUGUAUUUUUCAUGUUGGCUGUGUCUAAAGUAUGCCUGUAGCACAUGGCAGACAUGUUAUUGUUCCAUGUUGGUGACUUACAAGCAGGGUUGGUCACCAAAAAUAAUAGCACUUCUGAUUCUCUUUCCCCGUACCUGAAAACCUUGAUGUUUCGGUCCUGUUUCUGUUUCGAUCUCCAGAUGAUUUUCUGUAGUGGUUUUCGUUACUGUAGCAGAAUUCUGUUAUGUUUCCGUUUUUUAGCUGUUUUCAAUGCCGGUUUCUGUUUCCAUGAGAUCAUUCCAUCUCUUUCUCAGCAUUAUGGUGUUCAUUCUAUCGGCCCGGGGAUCUCGUAGCAGCACAACGUAAACAGAAGGACAGGAACACAAACACCAAAGGCUUAAAUGACGGCAGAAGAUGUCAAGGGAAGGCAGAAGGAGAGUUACAUUAGGUGAAUUUGGUUUCCGUUACCACCCUUGAAUUUCGUUUCCGUUACUGGUAACGAAAACGAAAAUAAUUUUGUUUUUGUUUCUUAUUUUAAUUUCCUGCAGAAUUUGGGUAGUUACCAUUUCCGUUUCCGUUACAGUUUCCAGUAACCAACCCUGCUCACAAGGUUAAUGAAUUUUGUACUUUCCAACAUCAUUCACCACACACAUUUCUGAUUUUGCAACGCACCUGACUGCAUUUUGCUCAUAGCUGUGUACCUCUAGGUGUCAUGUACUUGUAAAUUUGUUGAAUGCAACUAUAAUACACUGCAUAUUCAAGUUACUGCGUGAAAUGAUCUCACUGGCCUGAGAUGGUGGACCGUCAAGUCUUGUAGCAACACCCUUUACAUUACCAAGAGACAAUUUCAGGUCUGUCAGCAACCUCAAGUAUGGCUAGUGACGUGAUCUUACAAGACGGGUACAAUUUUCGUAUCUUUAUGCAUGCCGUGUUAGCUAUGAGGCGGAAACAGAACGUUGACUUCAUUUAAUUCUUUUUAAAUUCUAGGUACAUUUUUUCUAAAAUGUUAGCAGGAUGCAUAUCAAAGUUUUUGCACUAGAGUUACCCUGUGGAAAACAAAACAAAAAAAGUAAAUACAAAUAAUGGGCUGGCGCAGCAGUGCUCUUACCCAUUUGUCAUUAUCUGACCUUGAGCUUUGCAGUGCCAUGAACAUGAACAUGAACAAGGACGGUAGUCUGAGUGGUGCUGUGUGCAUUGUGUGUACAGUUUUGUAAUAUACUACUUUGUUAUAUUUAAAGGAAACUUUCCACGAAGAAAUGACGGGAGUAACUACCUUUAUUUCGAGAGUGUGGUUGUGUGAACAGAACUUUUUGUCAGAGCGAAGAGAAGUUUGUAACAAAUGACCAAACACUAUUUUGCUCCCUCCUCCCCCCCCCACCUUCCAUUCUUGUGUUAUUUAUCUUGUCGGUAGGAUUCAGUUCUACAGUGUUCUGCAGAGGUACUAUAACGAGUGCCGUACUUGCACUGCUUUUGUUUAGCAAGGACUGCAUGCUUUGUUAUUAUGUUUAGUUGUGUGUACGCAGUGUCCCAAUUCAUGAAGCUCCAAGCUGAUGCAGUGCUUGUGUUGCAUGAUUUCAGUCGAAUGAAAGUCUUUUUUUUUUAGUCCUGUAAAAGUAUUUUGCCGAGUUUGGCAAGCAAUAAAGUUUUAUUUGAGAUGGAA